CUUCCUUGCUCCGUAGCACCAGAAUCCAGAAAGGUACCCUGUGCACUGCACAUCCAUGAAACGCUAGGAAGAUUCUUGCCUAGCCUGUCGACGACAGCAACUGUUUAGAAAAGGAGUAGGACCAUGAUGCGGAAACCCCAAGGGAGUGUGUUCGUUUUCGUGCUGUCUAUGAUGUGCCGGUCUGGCCCUGGCACCAGGCCUACCAUAGCUUGCUCCGAGAUUCUGUGGCAGCUCCUGGGAGGGAUGACGGGCUCAGGCCACUGUACGGGUCGUCCGGUCCAGGGUGUUCCUUCGUUCCGUGGCAACAUCCGUCGCAGCCGCGGCAUCAUGAUGGACUUUGGACAGGGAAGGCAGGGCGUCCACGUCCUCGAGGUGACGGCGACAGCGAGGGCGACGUCGCUGCCUGGAGUCGUCACCGCUGCACUGCCGUUUGGUAAGCACGGCAGGCAGGGAGGAAGACGAUGUGAACACGGAGGCCCUCGCAGGGAGCUCCUCCCAUGGUGGUCGCACACAAAGGAGGUGGGUGACCUACCGGUCACCAGUCCUCCGGCCAAACGAAAAGAAGCAGAAAAAGUUAGGCUGGUGAUGAUCCGCGCCACACGACGUGCGAUCACGUUGACACGAACCCGUCGCCUCUCGAUUUGUAUACUGGAGAUUCCGUUCCGUUACUGGCUGUUUUAAGUCUCUGAUCCACUUGUAUGCAUGGAUAACUAUACAAGAGGUUCCACAUAAACUUUCGAAUCCACUGGAAAAA